AUGGCGGAACUGGGCGCGAUCGAGCAGCAGGCUCGAGACCAAUGUCUCGCGCUGAUCGAGGCAUCUACACCGGAUCCCAAAGCCGAAGGUGGCAUUGCGUCAUUCGCCAAAACGAUGGGCGAGACCCUGAGACCCUGGGAGAGCUUCGUAGCUUCCAGGAAGUGGACGAUGGGGAAAAGGCUGACGUUCGUCGACUUCCUGCUCUACGAAGGGCUAGACUGGCACCGAGAGUUUCAAUUAUCAGUUGUGCAAGGGUACCCGAACAUCCUGGAGUACAUGAAACGGUUCGAGCAGCUGCCCAACAUCCAGGAGUACUUCACCUCCAACCGCUACACCACGUGGCCUAUCCUCGGUUACGAAAGGACGUGGGGCUACAAGAAGUCUUCCAGGUGACAGACAUCAGGCGCUGCUGCAGAACGUUUAUCUCGAAUUAAAAUGUCUCGUUUCA